AUGGAGUACGAGGUCGGAAAGCUCACCGAGCAAGAAUGCUUUGCCCGGGUGGCAGAUCUCUUUGGCUUUGACGCGAAGGAUCUCGAGGCAGUGGUUCUCGAACUUCGCGCCACUCUCCCCUACGACCCACAAAUGCUUUCCGUUUUCAGGGCCGUGAAGAGAACUCCCGGGGUAAAGGUAAAGGUGGUUCUGAUCACAAACAUCCCCCAGGGAGAGUAUCGUGCCCUGCGUGAACGUUGGGAUGAGGCGUUCUGGAGUACAUUUGACCACAUUGUUACCUCCGGGGAAGUCGGCGUGCGGAAGCCCAGCCUGCAGUUCUACCGGCAUGCACUGCGGGUCACGCGGUCGUCGCCGCAGCACAGCCUGGUGGUGGAUGACCGACCGGAGAACGUGCUCGCAGCCAUGUCUCUUGGGAUGCGCGGGUAUGUCGGUACGGACAGCAUCGCCCGAGUGCUUGGGAACUUCACAGGCGAUCCCGUGGAGCGCGGGCUUGCAUUUCUCCGGAAAAAUGCAGGCAAGCUGUACUCGACCACCGAGGACGGGGAUUCGAUCGAAGAGAAUUAUGCCCAACUGCUUAUCCUGGAGGCGUUGAAUGAUAGGACUCUGGUCGAUCUACAGCGCCCCCCCGGAUUGUGGAAUUUCUUCUCGGGCAGGCCAAAGUACACAAGCCAGAAAUACCCCGAUGACUUUGAUACGACGUCUCUGGCCUUAGUCGCAAUGGAGUAUGAGCCCGAGGCCGCGCAUCCAAUCCUGGAUGAGAUGCUGAAGCACGUUAAUGAAGACGGACUGGUCCCAAUCUACUUUGAUAAAUCUCGACCCAGAGUCGAUGCGGUCAUCUCCCUCAACACCCUCGUUGCGUUCGGCAAAUACGGGCGUGGCAACGAGCUUCCCGAGAUGCUGAACUGGAUUGAGCAGAUCCUGCUCCACAGAGCCUACAUUUACGGAACACGUUACUACCCGAGCCCGGAGUGGUUUCUGUACUACAUGAGUCGACUGUUGACACAUUCCAAGGAUCCGGUCCUGAGCGAAAGAUUCGAAGCGCUCCUGGCAUCGCGCCUCGUCGAGCGGGUGGGCGUCGUGGGGGAUGCCUUCUGCUUGGGGAUGCGGCUGCUCGCUUGUCAAUCCCUGGGGAUCCAGAACCACCCGGACAGGGAAAGACUGACCAGCAUCCAGCAAGCAGACGGCGGAUGGGAGCCAUCUGCAAUGUACAUUUUUCCAACGGCCAAAAAGACAGUCGGGAAUCGGGGACCGACAACGGCCCUCGCUGUCAAGGCGCUGCUCCAGGCUGCGCAAUAG